UGAGCCAGCGAUGGAGGGCGGGCAGCCGGGCCCCGGGGCAAGCUCCCCGCAGAGCGACUCCGCCGAAGUUGUGCUCCACGGGGUGUUCGCGCUGCGGGACCCGGCUCCCAAGACGAGCUACGCGCUGAGUCUCACUCGCGGCCGGGAGCUGCGCAUGCAGCGGGUCGGCUCCGCGCCGGCCGGCCCGGGCGCCGCGCUGAAGCUGGCGGACUGCAUCGGCUGCUCUGCCUUCGCCGGCCGGGAGCCCCAGCCGGAGCCGGCCGCCUACUUCUCCGUCUUCUGCUACCCCUUCCGCAAGGGCUGGUGGGACGCCUCGCCCUCCAGGCAGCGCCUCGCCAGGACUUUCCGCGUGUGCGUGGCCCCGGAGCCGGAGGAGAAUCUGAAGCUGGCGGAGACGUGGGCUGGGAAGAUCAGGGAGCUGGCUGCGCCCAGGGUACCCCGGCAGGAAGGGGUGACGUGGGGACUCUUGCCGCGACCCUGCCAUGUCUUGGUGCUGCUGAACCCCCAGAGUGGAACGGGGCACGCGCUGCAGCUGUUCCGCUCCCUAGUGCAGCCAAUGCUGGCCGAGGCCGACGUAGCCUUCACCCUCUUUGUGACCGAGAGGCCGAAUCACGCCCGUGAGCUGGUGCGGGCUGGAGAUUUAUCCCAGUGGGAUGCUGUGGCCGUCCUGGCCGGGGAUGGCCUGCUGUAUGAGGUGGUGAACGGCCUGAUGGAGCGUCAGGACUGGCAGGCCGCCAUCAAGAAGCCUCUCUGCACCCUGCCCGGGGGCUCUGGGAACGCCCUGGCCGCUUCCAUCAACCACUACGCUGGCAACACGCAGGCCUUCAAGGAGGAGCUGCUGACCAAUUGCACCUAUUUCCUCUGCAAAGGCCUGUAUGCCCCCAUGGACCUGGUCUCCCUGAGCACGGCCUCUGGCAAGCGCCUCUACUCCUUCCUCAGCUUCGGCUGGGGCUUUAUCUCCGAUGUGGACAUCGCCAGCGAGAAGUACCGCCAACUGGGCAAAGCCCGCUUCACCGUGGGCACCAUCCAGCAGCUGGCCGGGUUGAAGGUCUACAAGGGCCGCCUCUCCUACCUGCCCGUAGAGAUGUCCUCCUCAGCCCCCGGCAGCCCUUCAGAGCAGAAUAGCCACCACAUGCCAUGCAGCAACGGUCGCCCCCUCCACAUCCUCCCUCAGCCUGCGCCGGGAGUGCCACGGCCCCCUCACGAGGGGUCCUGGCCAGAGGACCCUCUCCUGGUCCCCUUCGACCAGCCAGUCCCAAAGCACUGGACCGUUGUGCCUGAGGAGGAGUUUAUCUCCAUUUUUGCCAUCUACCAGUCGCACUUGGGCGCUGACUUCACCAUGGCCCCCACGGCCAAGCUUCACGAUGGCUCCAUGCACCUCUUCUACCUGAAAGCCGGGGUCUCCCGGCUGGGGCUGCUCAAACUCUUCCUAGCCAUGGAGAAGGGGACCCAUCUGGACCUGAACUGCCCCUACCUUCACUACCUCCCCGUGAGGGCCUUCCGGCUGGAGCCCUUUACUUCCACUGGGCUCAUGACGGUGGACGGCGAGCCGCUGGCGUGUGAGCCAGUGCAGGGCCAGGUGCACGACCAACUCUGCAGGAUCAUCAGUGGCUCCUGAGCCACCUGCCAAAUAAACCGCUUCAAAAAGGAUUUUGACCAUGUGCAUCCCUGGGGUGCAGUGAGGGAGGACAGGCAAGGACCACUGCAGAGAAUGCUUACUCCUCCUGCCACUCAGAGUCUUCUCCAGCCCGCUCCUCUCUUCUCCUCUGGAAUAGUUCACAGGGGUCUCUUGUUCCCCUUGCUCUGCCCAGCCUCCCGAGUUCCCCCCCCCCCGCAGUCC